AUUGUAGUUAGUUGAACAAUGUCAUAUAACUUACGACGCUAGUUUAAUGGAUCCUAGUUUUUAUGAUUUACCGCGCAACGUAAAUAAUAGUUGAAAUUUUAAUUAUUCCUGAUUGCUAAAUUACACCCGGUUUUUAAGACGAUCCCAAUAUGUCGAGCACAUCUCAAAAGCAUAGAAAUUUUGUUGCUGAACCUAUGGGAGAAAAACCCGUGACAGAUUUAGCUGGGGUGGGAGAAGUUUUAGGAAAGCGGUUAGAAACAGCCGGAUUCGAUAAGGCCUUUGUAGUAUUGGGCCAAUUUUUGGUUCUUAAGAAAGAUCGUGAGCUAUUUCAAGAAUGGAUGAAAGAUACUUGUAAUGCAAAUUCAAAGCAAUCCACAGAUUGCUACCAGUGUCUAAAAGACUGGUGUGAUGAAUUCUUGUAAGACUAUACAUCUUUAUAUACAUAUAAUGACAAUGAAACAAAUCUCAACAUUCAAAUUAUCUGACAUCUUUUAAUUACUAACUCAUCAAUAUUGGACAUUAUUGCUAAUGAUUCAAUUGCUAUCACAUCUUUUAUGCCUUUGAUAAAGGUUCUCUAAAUGCUUACCUUCUUGUAUUGUUAUUUGUUAUAUAAAUUAAACCAGUUGUUUUAUGUGUCUAAAAUAGUGUUUUAUAAGUAAAUAUUGGUAUUGAAAUUAUUGCUAUGAUUUCUUUAAAAACAGAUACUGAACAAAGUAAAAUAUUUACUAUAUAAUAGAAUAUUUUUAAUAAACAAUGUAAAUUAAGUUCUUGUAACAAAUAAAACUGUUUGUGUUGAACUUAAGUGAAUAGUUUUAUAAUUAUUAUAAGAAAAUAAUAAACAUACUCCUUUAAAAGGCAGACAUUAUUGAUUUGUAAGAAUACAUAGUUAUAAAGAUCAUGACAUACAUAAGCAUGCAGGUUAACCCCCUUAUUCUUAAAACUUGUUUAAUUAGACUAAGUACUUAAGUUAAAUUGGUACCAUUAGACUAAAUUAAUUUGUUAUGAAUAACGGAGUAAUCUUUAUGUACAAACCCUGUAAACCACAUAAAGUCUUUGUUAAUUGAAAUAAAGAGUAAUAAAAUAA